AUGGAAUCAGAAGAACACUUAUUAACAUUAAAAGUUAUGAGAUUAACUCGACCCACAUUAGCUAGCCCGUUUCCUGUAACUUGUGAUAGCAAAGAUUUGCCAGGUAAUUUGCUAAACAAUGCACUACAGCAAGAUCCUACAUCAGUCGAAGGUACGGAAACACUAUGCGUUGGCCAAUUCCUGUUACUUCCACAGAAUCCCGUGAACAUUUAUCUAGGAGAAACGUUUUCGAGUUAUAUUUGCGUAUACAGCGAAACAGAAACCGCCGUUACUAAUAUUUCAGUCAAGGUGGAUUUGCAAACAAUUUCCCAACGGAUAUCGUUGUCUUCGAAUCCUCCAACCGCUACAUUGCCACCUGAAAAAACUGUUGAUGUCGUUAUACAUCAUGAAGUUAAGGAAAUUGGGACUCACAUUUUAAUUUGUGAAGUUACAUAUCAAUCUCCAAACGGAAACACCAUGUCAUUUAGAAAGUUCUUUAAAAUAAUGGUGAUGAAGCCUUUAGAUGUUAAAACGAAAUUUUACAAUGCUGAAAAUGACGAUGUAUACUUAGAAGCACAAGUUCAAAAUAUAACUGCAGGACCUAUUUAUUUAGAGAAAGUCGCUCUUGAUGCCUCUCAUCUUUUCGAUGUGGUUUCUUUGAAUUCCAAUAGGGAUGGAAAGAGUAUAUUCGGAGCAACAGCGGUCCUGCAACCCCAAACUAUUUGCCAGUUUCUAUAUUGUUUAGUACCCAAUGAAAAACUAGCGUCAGAUUUGAAAUCAUUAAGCGGCGCUACGAACAUUGGAAAAUUGGAUAUUGUGUGGAGGUCGAAUUUAGGGGAAAGAGGAAGGCUUCAGACUAGUCAACUUCAAAGAAUGAGUCCUGAAUAUGGGGAUAUCCGAUUGACGGCAGUGGAGUUGCCAAACUUCGUUUCUUUGGAGGAAUUAUUUACUUUUAAAUGCAAAUUGAUCAACAAUUGUGAAAGGACUGUCGAAUUGAUGAUUUAUUUAGAAAAUGUGGAAGGCAUAGCCUGGUGUGAUAUAUCCGGAAGAAAAUUAGAACCUCUUUUGCCUAUGUCACAUUUGAUCCUUGAAUUCCGGUGCAUUCCUUUACUGCCAGGUUUAAGGACAAUUGCCGGUAUUAAAUUACUGGAUACAUUCCUCAAGAGAACAUAUACCUAUGAUGAAUUGGGACAGGUAUUUGUAAUAGUAGACAAAACAGAAAGCAUCAAAAGCAUGUAA